GCAUCUGAAUUCUCACAGCAAAGGUGUCACUGUUGCAGAGAGAGAGAGAGAGAGAGAGAGAGCUUGCGGUCGACGCAAAGAAAAAAUGGUGAACUUGAUGCUGACGAUCAGCGCAGAGCUUGAGAACCUAACCAAUCUCGAACCUCAAGGUGGUUGUGAUGACCCCAACUUCUCAUACUUCUUCAAGUUGAAGUGCGGAAGAUGCGGAGAACUGAGCCAAAGGGAAACCUGUGUUUCUUUAAACGACACCGUUCCUCUCCCCGUUGGCAAGGGCACCACUCAUCUCAUUCAAAAGUGCAAAUUUUGUGGCAGGGACGGUACUGUGACAAUGAUCCAAGGCAGAGGUAAACCACUCACUCAGGAAAUGAGUGAAUCGGGGAAGUAUGCUCCGUUGAUGUUAUUUGACUGCAGGGGCUAUGAUCUAGUAGAUUUUGUAUUCGGUAGUGGAUGGAAAGUUGAGUCGCUGCAGGGAACCAAGUUUGAGAAUGUUGACUUGUCAAGUGGAGAAUUUGCCGAAUAUGAUGAGAAGGGAGAGUGUCCUGUCAUGAUAUCCAAUCUUCGAGCUACUUUUGAUGUGGUGAAAUAGAGAGAACUAGUUUGCUGUUUGAAUAUUUUGUUGGUGUAUAAAUUUGUCUGUUCUCUUUUGGAUGGGCUUAUGAGCUCUUACAUCAUAAUUAUGCAAGAAAUUUGUGGGAUCUUCUAACAUUACAUGUUAAGCCUGUUGUAUUUCUUGAAGAGGAGAAAAGACACCUUCCAAGUUCCAAGUGAUUGAAGAAAGUUCACUUUUCAUUUCAUGUUUUGAAAUGUAUAUUUUUUUAAGAAAAAUGCUAGCAACACACCACCUGUACUACAUUUUCUUACUGUUGAUUAAAUUUUAUUAAAAAU